AUGGAUCCCUCUCGAGGCUUUGGCAAUCCGCAGCAAAAUGUGACCGCAGUACCUUUUGUGUCAGUCCAGCGACCAAGCACAGACUUGGCUAGACCGCCCGUCGGUGACCAUGAUAUUUCUAGAAGCGUAACAGGACAAUCGCAACAGAGCAGACCGAGGUCGCCUGGCCGCCAAUCGCCAGCCCCUCAAAAUCGCCUGAAUGGCAAUUCAAGUAUACGACUACGGAGGUUGACCUCCCAAGACAACCUUCGGGUCGUCGGAAACAAUGAGAAUGGACGCCGGCGGAGUCCCUCGGAUCCCCAGCGCAACCGAGACUUGAACCUACCCGGAAAUGAGAUGAGAAGGCAGAGGACGGGAACAUUGCAGAUGCCUAUUGUUGAGGAGGGCGUACCUACAGAUACCGGGACUUAUCUACAACCUGUAGCCACCCAGCCACCAGGUGCCAAUGGAGAAACAUUACAACCUCCACCCCCAAGAUCUACGUCUCGACGUCUCAGCAAUGCCGCGCGAUCUGCAUUGGGCAGACAGCGAACCUCGAAUCCACCUUCUGCUUCCGAUGCCCAAGAGCAGGAGUAUCAAUCACAUGCAGUGGAUCUAUUGGAUGUCGUUGACCCCGAAGUCUCUACUUUGACGACCCUGACAAAUGUUCAGAAUUCACUUUUCGUGCCAAACCUAGGUAGAUUUCUUAACCGCAGGCCUACCUAUGACAUUACUCCACGCUACAGCGAAGAAUCCACAGAUAGCUCAAGUUCUAGUGAUGAUGGCGAUACGCUACCGCGAGUAAGUACGGUAGCUACAGAUCAUAAGCCAGAGGACGUUCAAGCGGCAACUGAAGGUGGCUUGACUGUAGAGUCGUCAUCGCAGCAACGGCGGAGAUUCAGCAUUUCGUCUCAAUUAGAUGACGAGCACUAUGCGGUCUUGCCCCACUUGUUCUCGGUCGACGAAUGGGAAGAAAAGGAUGUAAAGGCACUUAAUGAGCACGUGAGACACCAGCUCCAUUCCAGAAGAGCCAGGUUCAAGAGAACACUAGGUUUCUUUGUCACCCUGUAUGCGACUCUGAUUACCAUAUUCGGACUUGUUUGGGUCCUUUUCCUUAUUGGCUGGAUUUCCGCUGGUGAGCGACAACCUUACAUUACCAAUAUCGUCGAUAAUGUCCUCGUUGCGCUGUUUGCCGUCGUUGGCGACGGUCUUGCCCCAUUCCGAGCCGUAGACACAUACCAUAUGUGUUUCAUAGCACACUACCACCAUCUCACGUGGAGAUUAAGGCGAGAAAGAGGCGUCGAGCCUCUGCCGAAUGAGAACGACCUACCAGAAAAGAUCGUAUUCCCAGAACUACCCAAUGGAUCGACUGCCCUCGACGUCGACACCUCUGUUGCUGAGGAUAAGAAGCCCAAUGAUAUUGAUGAUGGCGAGGACAUCGAGCCAGCAUACCCACCAAACAAGUUCCAAGUCUCCAUGCUCACACCCGUCCAGCAGCGCAAGCUUGAGCACCACCAACAGAAAUUUGCAGCCUCCCACUCAUUCUACAAACCUCACGAGUCAAUAACCCACCAUGCGUUUCCUCUCCGCUUUCUUGUCGCGGCCGUCGUGCUCCUGGAUAUGCACUCCAUCUUUCAGAUCAUGCUCGGCUCUUUCACAUGGGGUUGGACAUAUCACACUCGGCCCUCAUGGAUAACAGCGGUAAUUCUCUCGUUGAGUAUCACGGUCAACAUUACGGGGGGCAUCGUAAUAUCGAUCGGCGGGAAGCGCACGAGGAAGAAGGAAGUUAUUGAGACGAUGUUCAGGCAAAAUCUGACGGAGGAAGGGAUCAGGAAGCUUAGGAAGAAGCGGAGGAAAGAGCAGAGACAGUCUUUACGAGAUCGGGUCCAAGACGUGGCUAUAGGAUGGAGCGUGUAG